AUGGAGACAAAGGAGAAGAGGAAGAGGGGUGUUUUUGGUGGUUCUAUAUGGGAGGUCUCGAUGAAGGAGAAGGGAGGUAGAGGCCAGAGCAAGGGUUUAGCCAUGGGUGUUGUCAACGAGGCGAUGGAUGGCUCAAAGGAGUCGACCCAGGCGUUGGGCAAUGUUAGUGGGCUGCUAGGUAGUGCCAGCGCUCCAGGCGACUCCUUGAGUAUGGUAGGUGACCGCGGUGUGGGUUUGCGCAAUGUGGUUCACACUUCCAGGGGCUUUGCCGACAGCGAUAGAGCUUCCAUGGGUUGGGGCAGCCCUGAUCUAGUUGCUGUGGCCUCGGUUGUGACCCGGGCUAGCGAUGCCAAUGAAAGGAUGGGUGGCACCAGCUCUAUGGGCGACGCUCCCUGCAACAAAGAGAGCCAUGCUAUUGAUCGUGUCGAAGAGGCUGGACUAGGUGAAAAGGAGGAUGCCAAGCUUGGAGCGUUGGGAGGCGGUGCCACUGUAUUGGGCGACGUCAAUGGACCUGUGAGAGGCGGCAUCAGUGGGCCUGUGGGAGGCGGCACCAAAUGGCUUGUGAGAGGCAACGCCAUUGGAGCUGGGGCUAACGCCUUGUGCGAGAUCAGUAGGGAGGAGGACAGUGGCACCUCAGUCGUAGGAGGUACAGAUGACGCUUCGAGGCGAGGAAUCGAUAGAGAUGGUGCCCAUGGUGGGUGGCAGUCAGUUGGUGACGCUAGUGGUCCUCUGGGUUGCCCUAGGCAUUCGAUGGGCAUGAGUGAUCGUAGCCUAGGCAGAGUUCGUGUUGCUUCUAGGGAUUUAGGCGAUGCCAAAGUGAUUGGGGAGGCUAGCAGUCCCGAUGGCGUAGGCGAAGGCUUGGGCGACGCCGGUGGAGGCUCGGGCGUGCUUGUUCUUCAAAUGGGUAAGAUGUUCUUCAAAUUUUUUUUCUCGAACGCGUUGCCUGCUAACCCCCAAGAGGCUUGUCCAUAA